AUUGACUCGUGGUGCAAAGAGAACAGCUACGUGAUCGCUGGGUACUACCAGGCGAACGAGCGGGCGAGGGAUGCCAGCCCAAACCAGGUGGCAGAGAAGGUGGCCUCCAGAAUUGCUGAGAGCUUCAACGACACGGCGCUCAUCAUGGUGGAUAACACCAAGUUCACCAUGGAGUGUGUGGAACCUGCCAUUCACGUCUACGAGCUCCACGAGAACAAGUGGAGGUGCAAGGACCCACAUGUUGACUUCUGUGAAGACUGGACGGAGGCGCAGAGGAUCGCGGCCUCUCUCUUGGACAGCAAGUCCUAUGAGACCCUGGUGGAUUUUGAUAAUCACCUGGAUGAUAUCAGGAACGACUGGACAAACCCUGAGAUCAACAAAGCUGUCCUCCACCUCUGUUAGAGGGCUUCCU